CAGACGGAGUUUGGGGAAGAAGACGGGAGCUGAUUUUUUGAGACCCCAUAGGCCAAAACCUACAAACUAUCACGUUCUAUCAAAUUUUCUUACAUAUUCUAUCAAACUGUCUUAUAUAUACACUAUCAAAUUCUCUUAUAUAUACUAUCAAACUCUUAUAUUUACUGUCAAAUUGUCUUUCAGACGAUCCUUCAUUCGCUGAUCAUGUUUUCAGGUUUCCUACCCAGAAGGAAGUGAACAGUAUAAAAUAGUGCAAAUAGUGAAUGAAGCGGGACAACUUCGCUGAAACAUGUUGCUUGAACCUUCACGGUGUCCUUAGUUAUCUAGAUAAGAGUGCUGAACCAGCACGCGCGUAUUUUGUCUCCAGGGCGGUGCGGAGGAAACCGUAUUUGAUGGAGAAACGCGAAUCUACGUGUAACGGGAAGUAAUUGAUACGCAGAGAGAAGUAGAAACAUGUUGGCGCUGGUGAUAAGUUUGAUCUCCUUGAUUCCAGCUAAUGGAGCUGCUCAUGGAGCUGAUGUGAGCAUUUCACCUGGAAACGGUUUUAAACAUCGAGUCGGAGUAGAUUUCAACUUGAGUUGUAAAUUCACAUUUUUAUCCUCCAUGCAUUUUGCACAGAUGUGGAAAGAAGGUGAAAGUAAGAAGUGUCUCAUCAACAUGACCUCCUCUCAGCCCAAUGUGACUGUGGUUCUGCACAUCGCGUCUGCAAAAAUAGCAGACACUGGGAAUUACAGCUGUAGCACUCAUCCAGAUUAUAAAACAGUUGAUGCAAUUAGUCCUCUAGUCUACAUUCAAAUAACAGGGUCACAGGCAGAGUUUCAGCCCAUCUCAACUGUCAGUGUUCAAGAAACGCCAUCUGACUAUGAAAAGUCACCAGGCCAUCACAGGCAAGGCAGCCAGUCGACACCAUCCACCCCGACCACAGUGAGCAGCCAGAAGCCCUGCAGCACAGACCUACAUAACAGUAAACCAGAUCUCUAUGUUUCUAGUCUGCAGGAUCAGAUGUGGUACUGGAUGCUUCUGGGAAAAGCUGUAAUCCUCCUCCUCAGUUUGACCUCUCUGGCAGUCAAACACAAGAGAGGACAAGGCAGAAAGACAACUCUCCGUGCACCACAGCAGCAGUCUCAGCUGUUAUGAGUAAUGAUUUUUGACAGAAAAGAAUACAGUUCUCAGAAUAAGUCUUUCUCUUUUAGGUGGAAAUGUGUGAAAAGAAUAUUCUGUCAAAACUGAUGCAUUGUAUUGCAUAAGCAUAUUUGUCAUGGACAUUAAAAUAUAAUCUGUGU